AUGGCCUGCCUCUGCCUCGAUGAACGCGAUGGGAUCGUUCUCGUGCGGGCCCGCUUCUUUUACAGAGGCCAGCAAACACUGCCUGCGGAUGUUUGCUUUGCUUUGGCAGGCUUGAAAGGCACCAGUCUCCCUCGCAUGGGCGUCUACCAGUGUUUGCUGGGCAUAGCUCGUGAUUUCGGCCCCAGCCCUGAUAAUGUCAAAGCAGCUGUGGAUGCCGUGCUGAAGGCGGCCGCGACAGUGAAGCGUGGCAUGCGUGAGAAGGACGGCCAAUCUGGAGCCCAAGAUGUUGUGGACAAGGAAUUGCACCAUCAUCUGAAGGACAAGGGUGGGCUUCUGCAGCUUCUAAUCACAGGCGAGGCCAGUCUGGCUCGCAUGUUGGAGGAUUCAGGCAAGUACCGAAUCUUAUGGGCGGAAUCGCAACAAAAGGAGUUCAGUCAGGCACUCCGGAACUUCAGCUAUGCAAAGCAGAGGUUCAACAGCUUGAGCAUGCCAUUGUUCAAGCGUCUCAGCAGCUUGAAAUCCGUAUAUGCUUUCCUGGUGCAGCUGGCUGCAGAAGGCGAUCGUGACGACCGGCGUUUUGCAGAGACUUUGUUGACAGAGCUGUCUGGCCGAAGUGCAUUUCAGCACUUGGUAAAUGCCGCUCUGGCAGCCGAUUCGAUGUUGAUUGGCCAGCGCUUCUUGCGGCUCGCGGACACUGACAAUGACGAGGCCUGUGUCACGGCACAGCAGGCAGCGGAGACGAUCCACACGAUGGAACACAUGUUUGACAAAGGCGGCGUAUUCUUGCCGAGUGCAGCAGCUACUGUUACACAAACCGUGAUCCGCACCCUCCAAGAUAUCGGUAUCACAACUUUUCUUGGGAAUCGUACCACUGGUAGCCGGGGCCCUCGCCCACUCAGGGCGGUAGCUGUUUGGGAUGUCUCCGAAGGCGACCUCACGAUAUCUCGACAAGUGGCUAAGAAGGUGUACAGAAUCUACAAGGCCUUUUUUGAUUCAAAUUUUCCUCGCCAUGAAUAUAGCAAUGCUUUUGCUGCUAUGGACUUGGAAAAUGAUCUGACGCUGUCCCAGCGGGGAGAACUGGUGCAGUCUAUUGCCCAACAGAACCAAAUGGACGGUGCGAAAACCUGGAAGCAGCUGAGCGGCGGAGGUAGCGAUGACGGGCUUGGUGCUGGCGGCCUGCUCGCCAGAGCGUUCUGGCAUCUGAAGGAACAGCGUCAGGGCUCCAACAAUGCCUGGUUGGCCACACUUCGAGAGCUUCGGAAGGAGCAGGCCGCGGUGCGCUUGGAGGCAUGCUGGCUGGUGCAACACACUUUGACGAUUGGAACGUCCACGGCAUCAGUCGAACGGAAUCUGCACGAAGUUUCUGUCACAGAGUUGAAAAACAGAGCUCACAGAUUGCACAUCUACGCUCUUCAAGACGCUGUGAAGUUGAGUGUGCAUGGGUGCGCUUCUGCUGACAGUCUUCGGGACGGCAGGGAUGCUAGUGGCAACUGGAAGCCUUCCAAGUUUGCUUUGCAGGCACAGGCUGUAUAUAAAGAGUUUUUCGGUGCACGCGAAACUGAGCAGCGAAGAAGUGGAGCUUCGGGAUCGGACAAGCCACGCCUGGCUGGACUUCGUGAGGCAAACCCAGAAUCAGUACGGGCCAAACUGCAGGCACACUCCAGGUGCAUCUCGUCAACGGUUGCUGGCAUGCAGAAGGAAACUUUGCAAGAUGGGCCCAGGGCAUCUUCAAGCAAUCGACGGUUGGAUGAGAUUGUCAUUGCUGUGAGCGAGGUUACUGCUGUCAGAAGUGGUGUUUCUUCAGCGGCAUCUUCUGCUUGCCCUCCGAAUCCGCCUUGCAGCAGUGGCAGUGCACCAGUGGACAAAUGCGAGGAGGAGAACAAGCGGGAGAAGACGAAGGACAAAAAGGAGAAGAAGGGCAAGAAAGACAAGAAAGACAAGAAAGACAAGAACGACAAGAAACACAAAAAGAACAAAAAGGACAAGAAACACAAAAAGGAGAAGAAAGACAAGAAGAAUGCGACCGACCCUGCAUCCUCCCACAAGAAAUCGUUGGAAGAGAUAGAGGCCGAGCAGGACAUGGUUGCAGCGAAGAAGCGGAAGGUGGCGAUGGCAACCCGCUUGGGCGAGAAGGUGCCUCAUGUCGACGUGCGCGGCGGGGUUUUUUUGCAAUCCAUCGACAAGCAACUGGAGUCGUGCAAGAAGAGUACCGAGCGGGCACCACCUCUGGGCAACAAGGUCAAGGUGCUGAUGGCGAAUGCGGCAAGGUUUCGUCAGACCACAGAUUGGUGGGAAGCGAAUGUCGUGGUGUUCCGCGAGUUGGGGCCUGGAUUGGCAACGCCUGAGGGACUUGUGGCUCGCAUGCGAGGUAUCCGGAUUGCCGAUCAACCGUGGUUCAUGUCCAAUGGCCUCAAAGGAUCUUCAAUCUCGUUUCAGGCUGCAGCUUUCUUGCACCUUCAUGUCUGGUUGACUUCCGAGUUUGAAGCGGCAUGGCCCAGGCACUCAGCUUUGUUAUCUGCCUUCGCUGAGCGAAGCAGUGGCAAGUCUAAGCGAGGCCACUUACACGUAUACAAGGGGGCAAUGCCUGACGAUCCCGAGUUCCCACGUCUUAGCUUUGAAGCCAUUGUGCAGCCAGCAACCACUUUGAACCCCCAGCAGCUAACGCUGGAAGGGCUGCUUACGAAGCUUUCUGUCCUCCACAGUGAUUGA